AGCUUUUUCAAGCGGGGAAAGGAUAAACUAGGCGCGCCGAUCGUAUCUAGCCUUUCCCCGCGUUCGAACCCACUUGACUGGCUCCUUACCAUGCUGCAUUCGGCUGGCACGCGGGAAGAGUUGGAGGGAGCACAAGAAAGUGGGGAAGUGCGUACCAACGUUACAGUGCCACAAGCUAUAUAAGUCUACAACCCACCGUCUUCUCAGGGUCCUAGGCGCAUCUCCUACUUUAUCAACCUUACCUAUAGCCGAGCGACUUCUUCUGUCACUUAUAACACAGACUCGAUUAUAUCUAACAUGGCUGGCGGCAUUAAAAAACCCGUCAAUAUCUUUAGGCUCAAGGACCUAGGCGAGCCAAAGGAAAUUUUCAAUUGGCGGCUAUGGCUUGCUGUCUUUUCCUUUGGCCUCAUGGGUGCCGCCCGUGGUGUCGAUGAAGGUCUCAUUGGCGGUGCUUUCAACUCGAAGAAUUUCCAGAACUCUAUCAAUUACCAAAGCUAUAGCGUUCACGAACAGACAAACAUUAAAGCUAAUGUCUCUGCUAUGGUCCAGAUCGGCUCUGUUGGUGGAGCCCUCUUUGCAUUCCUCGUCUGCGAUCGUAUCGGUCGUCUCUGGGCAACUCGACAGCUGUGUAUUAUCUGGAUUGUCGGUAUCGCUAUUUUCAUGGGUAACGGCGGAAACCUCGGCGCUGUCUAUGCGGGACGAUUCAUUGCUGGAUUAGGCGUCGGUCAGACCGUUGUUGUGGCCCCUGUCUAUCUCGCUGAGAUAGCACCGGCAUCCAUUCGCGGUCUUUGCACUUGUGUUUUCACUGGAUUUGUCUACCUGGGCAUUGUCAUUGCCUACUUUGCCAACUAUGGCGCAUCUGUGAAUAUCGGCGAGCACACCCACGCACGAUGGGAGCUUCCCACUAGCUUGCACAUCAUGUUUGCUGGCAUUGUGUUCCUGCUCUCUUUCACCCAAUACGAGUCCCCUCGCUACCUCGUCAAGAUUGGCAAAGAUGAAGAAGCCAUUAUAAAUAUGUCUCGCGUGCGUAACCUCCCACGAGACAACGCAUACGUCCUCCAAGAAAUCAACAACAUCCGAUUCCAGUUGCAAGAAGAGCAAGAGGCCACUUUAGGCCAGGGCUGGCUCGGUGUUGUGAAGGAGAUGUUUUUGGUACCCAGUAACCUCUACCGCAUCUAUCUAGGCCUCAUGGCCCAAAUUCUUUCCCAAUGGUCAGGUGCAGGUUCCAUCACUCUGUAUGCUCCUAGUCUAUUUGCCCUCAUCGGCGUUACUGGCACAAAUGAAGGGCUUCUUGUCACUGCUGUCUUCGGAAUCGUCAAGCUAGUUGGCGCGAUCAUUUGCGCGCUCUUCCUCGUCGAUGUUAUAGGUCGGAAGCGCUCUCUCCUUAUUGGUAUCGCCCUGCAAGCCAUCUCGAUGAUUUACAUUGCCAGCUUCCUCACUGCCGUUCCACAACUAGGCACUAUAAGCACAUUCAAACUUGCGCCAUCUCAGACGCCAGUAAGCAAGGGUGCUAUUUUCAUGAUCUUCCUCUCCGGUUUUGGAUGGGCGCUCGGCUGGAAUUCCAUGCAAUAUGUUCUCACAGCUGAGCUGUUUCCUCUCCGCAUUCGAGCUAUGUCCACCUCGCUCGUGAUGUGCUUCCACUUCGCGAACCAAUAUGGCAGCUCGCGUGCGUUGCCCAACAUGCUUCUUCCUAAACAUCUAGGCGGUAUAGAUCCGGCUGGUACUUUUUGGUUCUUCGCUGUCAUCACCAUCGCUGGUUUUGUGUGGGUCGUCGUUACUGUCCCUGAGACUGCGGGUCGUGAUCUUGAGAGCAUGGACCGCCUCUUUUCCCUCCCAUGGUACAAGAUAGGUAUGUACGGAAAUAGAAAUGCGGAAGAGAUCGAUCUUGCCAUAGACGAGAAAAUGAUGGCUGUGAAUCAGCAAGAAGGUCAAGCUCGGCAAGUUGAAACGAUUCGCGAUGUUUGAAAAAUGAAGGUUGGAUCGUGAUAGGGUAGUCGUAGAGAACUAGGCUACUGUUAUUAACUGAAU